CAGUCCACUUUUGUUGCUCUUGCACGAUUGAGUUGAGCCUUCCAGCUCCUCACAAAUUCCAGGGAUUUUUUUGGGGGGUUGUUGCCCCCCCCCCCCCCGCGCCCCCUCCUCUCCCUUGAAAAUAAUCUCCCUCCUCCUCUUGUCUUGCUUGGACUCGUUUUUUGUGGAACUGUAAAUCCGGGGGAAAAAAAGUGUGUCUUCGCCCCUGGAAAAAAAAAGAAAGAGGGAUUUUAACAGUGUGAUGUAUAUUUUUACAUUUUGACACACGCUCCCGUCUUUCGCGUGUUUUCUUUGGAUUCGGGAGGAGCAUCGGGACGCAGUCCGACGGCGUAUUGCACUUCCGAAGACGUUUUGAAAAAAGUUCAAACCGUCUUUUGUGGCCUGGCUCAGACGCGGAGGCAUCGAACCUUGCGUACGUGCGGCCGAGCGAGGCGUCGCAUCCGCGGCGUCGGAUUUACGCGCGUGGCUCCGAUUUCUUCAGCCAGCGGAGCAAGUGUGGAUUUAAAGCGGGCGCGAGUGGAUUCGAGCGCGCUGCCGACCUCCGUGAAAAUUGCCGCAAAGUGAGCCUGGCACAUGCCAGCAUGUGAAGCGGCAGCAGCAGCAUGACUUGCGCCCCGGGUUGCCCCCCAUUGACAUUCCAUUCUCCUAUAAUAUCUUAAUGCUGGCCCAUUUUGGUUUACAAAUAUGAUGAAAUGGCAGCCCCGGAAGAAGGCAUACUUCCGACAGGGUGUUGCCCUUCAGUACCUUGGUCGCCAUGCCGACGCCCUGGCCGCGUUUGCCUCUGGGCUGGCCCAAGACCCCAAGAGUCUUCAGCUCCUGGUGGGCAUGGUAGAAGCUACCAUGAAAUCUCCUCUACGGGAGUCUCUAGAGCCAACUUAUCAACAGCUGCAAAAGAUGAAGCUGGACAAGAGUCCCUUUGUGGUGGUGUCUGUGAUCGGCCAGGAGCUGCUGACAGCUGGCCACCACACAGCUUCUGUUGUAGUUCUAGAAGCAGCUUUGAAGAUCGGCACGUGCAGCCUGAAGCUGCGUGGCUCGGUCUUCUCGGCCCUCAGCAGCGCCCACUGGUCUCUGGGCAACACAGAGAAGAGCACCGGCUACAUGCAGCAGGACUUGGAGGUGGCCAAGACCUUAGGUGACCAAACAGGGGAAUGCCGUGCUCAUGGGAAUUUAGGCUCGGCAUUCUUCUCCAAGGGAAACUAUCGUGAAGCUUUGACCAACCAUCGGAACCAGCUGGUUCUCGCCAUGAAGCUGAAGGACAGAGAGGCUGCUUCGAUGGCCCUAAGCAGCUUGGGCCAUGUCUACACAGCCAUAGGGGACUACCCAAAUGCAUUGGCUAGCCACAAGCAAUGUGUUCUGCUGGCUAAGCAGUCUAAAGAUCAGCUCUCUGAGGCACGAGAGCUGGGAAACAUGGGUGCCGUCUACAUCGCCAUGGGAGACUUUGACAAUGCCGUCCAAUGCCACGAGCAGCACUUGGGCAUCGCCAAGGCCCUCGAAAAUAAACGGGAGGAAGCUCGGGCCUACAGUAACCUAGGCAGCGCCUACCACUAUCACCGGAACUUUGACAAGGCCAUGUCUUACCACACUCAUGUGCUGGAGCUCGCCCAGGAACUGGAAGAAAAGUCCAUCGAGAUGCGAGCGUAUGCGGGCCUGGGGCAUGCCGCUCGCUGCAUGCAGGACCUGGAGCGGGCCAAGCGGUAUCAUGAACAGCAGCUGUCCAUCGCUGAAGGUCUGAAAGACCGAGCGGCAGAGGGAAGGGCCUCCUCCAAUCUGGGCAUUAUUCACCAGAUGAAAGGAGACUAUGAGACUGCACUCAAACUCCACAAAACACACCUGGCCAUUGCUCAGGAGCUCAACGACUAUGCCGCACAGGGGCGGGCUUAUGGAAACAUGGGCAAUGCCUACAAUGCCCUAGGAGCCUUUGACCAGGCCGUUCGCUACCACCGUCAGGAGCUGCAGAUCUCCAUGGAGGUCAAUGACCGGGCCUCACAGGCAUCCACUCACGGCAAUUUGGCCGUGGCUUACCAAUCAUUGGGAGCCCAUGACCGGGCUUUGCAGCAUUACCAGAACCAUCUCAACAUUGCUCGCGAGCUCAGAGAUGUCCAGAGCGAGGCACGAGCCCUGGGUAACCUUGGCAACUUUCACUGCUCUCGUGGAGAAUUCCCUCAGGCGGUGCCCUAUUAUGAGCAGUACCUUCGCCUGUCCCCUGACCUCCAAGACAUGGAAAGUGAAGGAAAAGUUUGCCACAAUUUGGGCUAUGCACACUACUGCUUGGGCAACUACCAGGAUGCUGUCAAAUACUACGAGCAGGACCUCGCUUUGGCCAAGGACCUUCAUGACAAACUAAGUCAAGCCAAGGCCUACUGUAAUCUGGGUUUGGCUUUCAAGGCCCUGGGAGACUUUGCUAAAGCAGAGGAGUGUCAGAAAUAUCUGUUGUCGCUUGCCCAAUCCCUGAACAAUUCUCAGGCUCGCUUCCGAGCUCUCGGCAACCUGGGGGACAUAUUUGUCUGCAAAAAAGACGUGGCUGGAGCCAUUCAGUUUUAUGAGCAGCAGUUGGCCUUAGCUCAUCAGGUGAAGGAGCGUAGGAUGGAGGCUUGUGCCUACGCUGCCCUCGGGGCCACUUACAGACUCGUGCAUAAAUAUGAUAAAGCUCUCGGCUACCACACUCAAGAGCUGGAGGUCUACCAAGAGCUUGGGGACAUGUCUGGAGAGUGCAAAGCUCACGGACACUUGGCAGCAGUCUACAUGGCCUUGGGGAAGUACGCCAUGGCCUUCAAGAGCUAUGAAGAGCAGUUGGAACUCGGGCAGAGGCUGAAGGAUCCUGUUGUGGAGGCACAGGUGUAUGGAAAUAUGGGCAUAACAAAAAUGAAUGUUGGGGUGAUGGAGGAAGCCAUUGGGUACCUGGAGCAGCAGCUUGCUACUUUACAGCAGCUAAGUGGCAACGAGGCCGUAAUGGACAGGGGCAGGGCCUACGGAAACCUCGGGGACUGUUAUGAGGCGCUUGGUGACUUUGAGGAAGCCAUCAAGUACUACGACCAGUAUUUGUCAGUAGCGCAGAGUCUCAACCGUAUGCAGGAUCAGGAGAAGGCCUACAGAGGCUUGGGGAAUGGACACAGGGCCAUGGGAAACCUCCAACAGUCGCUGGUGUGCUUUGAGAAGCGGCUCGUGGUGGCUCACGAGCUGGGAGAGUGUGGCGUCAAGGCUCAGGCCUACGGUGAACUGGGCACGCUCCACAGCCAGUUAGGCAAUUAUGAACAGGCCAUCUCUUGUCUGGAGCGUCAACUGGUCAUUGCGCGUGACACCCAGGAUCGACUUCUGGAGGGCGACGCCAGCUGCGGUCUAGGCGUUGUAUACCAAACGAUGGGAGAAUAUGAGACAGCGCUGCGAUGCCACCAGAGUGACCUCGAGAUCGCGGAGGAAGCUGGAAGCUCUGCACGCCAGGCGCGUGCCUACGGGAACCUGGGCCUUACCUACGAGUCUCUGGGAAACUACGAGAGGGCAGUUGUGUUCCAAGAGCAGCACCUAAGUGUGGCAGCUCAGACUAAUGACUUGGCUGCCAAGACGCUAGCCUACGGCAGCCUGGGGAGAACACACCACGCGCUGCAGAACUAUUCGCAAGCUGUCAUGUACCUGCAGGAAGGCCUGCGGCUCGCAGAGCAGUUGGCUCGGCGUGAGGAGGAGGCGAAGAUCCGCCAUCGUCUGGGGCUGUCUCUGUGGGCCAGUGGGAAUCUGGAGGAGGCCCAACAUCAGCUUUACCGGGCCUCGGCACUAUUCGAGACCAUCAGACAUGAAGCACAGCACAGCACAGACUACAAACUUUCCCUGUUCGACCUGCAAACUUCUUGCUACCAGGCUCUCCAAAGGGUCCUCGUCAGCCUAGGCCACCAUGAUGAGGCUCUGGCGGUGGCAGAGCGAGGGCGUACGCGAGCUUUCGCUGACCUUUUGGUUGAGAGGCAGACGGGCCAACAGGACUCAGACCCCUACACUCCAGUAACAGUGGAGCACAUUUUGGACACCGUCAAUAGCCAGAGGGCCUUGGUACUUUAUUUCUCCAUGGCUGCUGGUUACCUGUACAGCUGGCUACUCGCCCCAGGAGCAGGCAUCCUGAAGUUCCAUGAGGUGUACUUGGGUGAGGGCAUAUCAGAAGUAGGGUCAGACUUCCAGGAGGGAGGCGGCGGUGGGGGUGGGCUGGUCAGUGCUUCAUCGUUGGAGCAGCACAUAGCCAGCGCACGAGAGGCCCUGGGAGUCGAAUCGUAUUACAGCAGAGGGUGUUCAAGCAGCGAGACGGAGAGUGAGGCGGGAGAUUUGUUGGACCAACAAUUCGAGGAGUUAAACAACAAGCUUAACUCUGUCACUGAUCCUACAGGCUUCUUGCGCAUGGUGUCCAGAAACAACCUUUUCAACAGGAGCUGCCAGAGCAUGACCAGCCUGUUCAGUAAUACGAUGUCUCCUGCCAAAGACGGUUGUUCUUCCCUGCCUCAUCGCUCCGGCAACCUCGGGAAGCCUCCCCUCAGAGCACUUUAUGAUUUGCUCAUUGCACCUAUGGAGGGGGGUUUGAUGCACUCCAGUGGUCCGGUGGGCAGACACAGACAACUGGUCAUGGUGCUGGAGGGAGAACUUUAUCUUAUCCCUUUCGCUCUACUAAAAGGAAGUUCAUCCAAUGAGUAUCUAUAUGAGCGUUUUAGCCUCAUCGCUGUUCCCUCGAUCCAGGGCCUCGGAUCCUGCGCGAAGGUUCACUCCCGGCGUCCUGGACCGGCUCCCUGUGGUGGGGUUUCAAUGGCAGCAGUGGUGGGAAACCCUAGGCUGCCCUCACCAGUCAUGGACCGCUGGCUGUGGGGGCCAAUGCCCUCUGCAGAAGAGGAAGCUCUCAUGGUAGCUGAGCUUUUAGGAUGCCAACCACUGUCUAGCACUGCAGCGACGAAAGAGAGGGUCAUGAGUGCCCUCACACAAGCGGAGUGUGCCCACUUUGCUACUCACAUUUCAUGGAAAUUGGCGGCUCUGGUGCUCACUCCAAACCCAGAAAGCGUGCCCGGCGCAGCGAGCGCUAACGUGGGAGGGGGAACAAUCGGUCGAGGUACCGGGGUAAGGAGAGGAAGCAGCGGUCGAGGCAGGAAGGGGUCGGUUGGAAGCGGCUACACCAACCCAGAGUCUCUCCACUUGCAAGAUGACAGCAGCGAUGUGGACAGUAUCUGCGACAGUCCACCUUUACAGGAGUUUCUCUUGACAGCUGCGGAUAUAUUGGACCUUAGGCUGCCUGUCAAGCUGGUAGUGCUCGGUUCCUACCUGGAGUCCAGCAGCAAGGUGACAGCCGACGGUGUUGUUGGCUUGACACGGUCCUUCCUGGCCGCGGGGGCGCAGUGUGUACUGGUGUCCUUGUGGCCUGUCCCUGUGGCGGCCUCCAAGGUUUUUGUCCAUGCCUUCUACACUGCCCUUCUCAAUGGGACCAAGGCUAGUGCUGCGCUGGCAGAUGCCAUGAAAACUGUACAGAGCAGCAAGCAGUACUCACAUCCCUCCAACUGGGCAGGAUACAUGCUGAUCGGCAGUGAUGUGAAACUUAACAGCCCGUCCUCCCUGAUUGGACAAGCGUUGGCAGAAAUACUGCAGUAUCCGGAUCGUGCACGUGAUGCCCUGAGAGUUUUACUUCACCUGGUGGAAAAGUCACUUCAAAGGAUCCAGAAUGGUCAACGUAACUCGAUGUACACAUCCCAGCAAAGUGUGGAGAAUAAAGUUGGGGGAGUCCCUGGGUGGCAGGCCUUGUUAACUGCCGUGGGCUUCCGCCUCGACUCUGCAGGCACUGGCAUCCCUGCAGCAGUUUUUUUCCCCACUGCGGACCCUGGAGACAGGCUCCAACAGUGCAGUACCACUUUACAAUCACUUCUAGGUCUGCCACCACAAGCCCUCCAGGCUUUGUGCAAACUCAUCACAGCUUCCGAGGCAGGGGAGCAGCUCAUCAAUCGGGCUGUUAAAAAUAUGGUGGCGAUGCUCCACCAGGUGCUAGUGCAGCUCCAGACUGGUGAGAAGGAACAGGACUUCUCUCUCCUGCCCAUUCAGGUGUCUAUUAGUGUGCAACUUUGGAGACUUCCAGGAUGCCAUGAAUUUUUAGCAGCGCUUGGAUUUGAUCUAUGUGAGGUCGGCCAAGAAGAAGUGGUGCUAAAAACCGGCAAGCUAGCCAACCGCCGCACAUUGCACUUUGCUCUGCAAUCUCUGCUGGCGCUAUUUGACUCCACAGAACUUCCAAAGCGUCUGAGUCUCGACAGCUCAUCUUCCCUCGAGUCUUUGGCCUCAGCGCAGUCUGUUUCCAACCCUCUGCCAAUGGGUUAUUCAAGCCUUCCCUUCUCUCCGCAUUGCCUGGACAAUCAGGCAUCAGAUGCCAUCUCUGUCUAUAGCCUCAGCUCUGUGGCCUCCUCAAUGAGCUUUGCUUCCAAAUCCGAUUGUGACUUCCUCAGCCAUCGUCACCGCAGUGGGGCCGCAGCACACUACGCGGCCCACAAGCACCCUCAUGUUCCCCGGAGCCGCUCGUCUCCUCACGGAGCGGCGACUGCUAUGUCAGGAGCCCGAGGGGAGGAGGAGGAAUAUGAGGGCUUCUCUAUUAUCAGUAGCGAACCACUCGGGAGCCACUGUGACUCUUUGCCUCUGCCACCAGGCCACAGCCAGCGCCACCACAGAGGAGGUCGAGGGGUUGUUGCUCGGUCAAGCAGCGGGGCUGGAAGAGGUUACUCGGUAUCAGUGUCAUCUAGAGGCAGCGUCAGUACUCCUACUUCCCCAGUCAAAACAUGCCUGGUCCCCAGUCCAAACUCACCGUUCCAGAAAGUCGGUAAGGUGAGCAGCUCAGACACGGGUGAAUCGGAUCAAUCCAGUACUGAGACAGACAGCACUGUGAAGUCUCAGGAGGAAAAAAGUCCCCCUCUUGAUCCUCAGGAGCUGGCGCAGAAGAUUCUGGAGGAGACUCACAGCCAUCUACGGGCAGUCGGUAGUCUGCAGCGAGCCAGGGCGGAGGGUGGAACUUCACCACGGAGUAGCGCAUUCCGCUCCUCGGAAACUAGUGCAUUCAGCCGUCCUAACAGCAGUGCUAGUGGCAGAGCACAGUCUUCCCCAAAGCCCAAACCGCCCUCCCGCUCAUCUUCUCUCCAGAAAAUAAGCUCUGGCUACAAUAGUCCGGCUGUCUCAGAGUCUUCACAAAAGGACGGCAGCCAUCCUUCGCCUAUCUUGGACAGCCAUGCGCAGUUCAAGCUGAAGUACCCAAGCUCCCCAUACAGUGGCCACAUAUCACGUUCCCCCAGUAAUGUGUCGCCCAGUUCUGGUCACCAAUCACCAGUUGGUAGUGCACCCUCUCCUGCGCUAUCCUACUCCUCUACAGGCUCUGCCACGUCGGCUGACGUCCCAGACCUUGACCGAUUAAGAAGAGGGGUCAUUGAUGAAAAGGUCCAAGCCAUCCACAAUCUAAAAACCUUUUGGGCAAAUGCUGCAGCCCAACAACAUCUUGGCCCCAUCAAAGCUGUUCAUAGUUCUCCUAGUCCACUGGCAUCUGCCAGUCGGGAUGUACUGAGCCUUCUGAACCUCUCUCCGCGACAUUGCUCCCCCAAUGAUACCCAAGACAGCCUGGAGCUGCGGGACCUGGGACUGCAGUCAGUGGAGAGAGGGGGCAAGAACUCCAAUGGGCAUCACUGUUCCAGUCCCAAGAAAGGGGCUCCAUCACCCACAAUUUCUACAAGUAGUAGUCCUGGUGCUCGUUCGAUCAGACUACCCGCUGGGAACGGAUACAAAUUCUUGUCGCCCGGAAGAUUUUUCCCUUCUUCUAAAUGCUGAGACUUUCAGCUGUGAAUGAGGUGACGAAGUAGGUCAACUUUUUGAGGGCCGCGAUUGGCAAGCCAAGCUUUACAGACACUUUAGAACAAUUAUUGAUUGGUCAAAUCGGUCGGUGUGAGGCACAUGCCUGCAGUUUUGUCUCUAUGUGCCCAAAACUCUGUAAAUGGCAAUGAGAAAUACUCAACGACCUGAUACUGUGUUUGUGUGUAACUGUGUGUCAGGUAAAUGUAAAUGCCAUUUGGUCUUUCCCCACCAAACAUCCUUUAUGUGGGCCAAGAUGCAACAACUAUGACUGACUGCUUCCAUUUUAUUUUUUGUUGAAAAAAAAUAAUGGUAAUUAUUAUUGUUUGUUAUUGUUAUUAAUAUUAUAAUUAUUAUUGUUUGUAAAUUAAUUCCAGUGUUUCACAAUCAGUAUUAAGCGUUUUUCUAUUAAAAAACAAAAAAUGAACAUGUACCGUGUAAAGAUGGAUAGAGUGGAAGAAAAGAUUUAAUAUUUUUUAUUGAAGUCAAAAGGGCAUUUUGCCUGAUUUCUUUGUGAAUUGAGUGUCUGCUCUGAAGCAUGGAUUCUCUUGCUAUUCAAUGUUAAGUAUGACGUAUAAAUUUUUAGCCCAUGAUUUUUUUUUUUUUUUUUUUUUUUAGAUUUUAACAUCACGGUU